UGAAACUGAAGACAUUGGCGGACUGUCGAGAGGUUUCGCUUUAUUGUUUUAUUAAAUGAGGUGUUAUUCUAUUUUUUGAUGGGGUGUAAUAUUAGAGGGAAUACGUUUAUCUUUUCACCAUAACAAGACUGCUUAGAGCUGAUAGGACAAAACAACUGCAGGUCAAAUGGAUGUGAGGAUAAAAAACUGCAACUUCGUGCACGAUGACGAAGACAUCCGCCGACAGUUCGCUAACGAAAUGAGCGACUGGUGCUACGGCAGCAACGAAGGGGAGAAGAGGGAGUUUCAGGACCUGAAGAAAGUGCUGGAUGCCCUGGGGGACAAACUGACCUCUGGCCAGCAGCCGGAGUACCAGACCAGAGGAUGGGAGCAGGCCAGGGCAGCAUUUGAAGACAUUGUACGCUUCGGCACCCUGCUGGUAGAGAACCAUGGCGUCCCCUUGUCUGAGAUCCAGCAGACAUUUUUUACCUUUAUGUUGCGUCUUCUCGACAACAGCAUGUCCAUCCUUCACCUUAAGAUUGCUUAUUUUUGUCUUGAUGAGCGAGAAUUUGACUUUAAGGGCUACACGCAGACGUUGGAUAAAGCCAAGUUAGACACUCUAUUUAACACUGUGUGUUGCCAAAGCAAAAUAGACAAGAAAACCACAGAGACAGAUUAUAACUAUGCACACCAGAGAUUGUUAAAGCAGCUUCCAGAAAUACUGAGUGAAGCCCAAAUAAAGAGUGAGAUCAAAAUUUUGCUAGAUCUGGUAGUGUUCCUGUAUCUCGACUGCUGGGACUGCCAUCCGAACAACUACAGAAUUCUAACAGAAACUGGAAAGUUUAUUAUGGACACACUCGAUGAACCAUUCGAUUAUGUUGAAGAUUUUCCCCUGCUUAAAAGCUAUAUAAAAAGAUGCUGUGAACUGAUUAGCAGCAGCAGUUUCAACCCUCACAAAGAUGUUGUCAAUAAAAUGGAUGAUUUUAUAGGGAAAUUUAUGGAGAAAUUAGGAGCUCGAGGUUUGGUUGAAGAGUUCUAUAAUGAAGCUUUUGAUCUGGCUAUAGCUGCAACAAAAUGUUCCUACAAAGGUGACAAGGAUUACGCAGUAGUGUUUUUUAACGAAGCAACAAGACUUUUUAGAAACACCCCAAAAAAAGAAUAUUCAAAAAAUGCAUCAACUUUUCAAAGUAUAACCCAGAGAUAUGCUAAAAUGUUGGAUGUUAUAGACAUGAAGUUUGUACAACAAUGGUGCACUUACAGCAUAGUUGAUGAUGCUUUGAAGAAUCUUUAUGCUAGUAACAAAUCACUAACAAGAGCAUGGGUUGAACUUCUGGUUCCUUUAUUCAAACGACCAUGUGAAUCUACCAUGAGGGCUACCUAUACAAUAGCUAGUGAAAGUAAAGCCAUCAACUGGAAGGAGCAUGCUGAGAUUGCUGAUCAGGUGUUUGAACUGAUAGAAAAGUUUGAGGUGCCAGUGGGGAUUGACAAGUUGGACAAGAAAGAGAAAGAAAAGAUUGAGAGCUGUUUUGACUACAUGAAAAGGACUAUUUGUUAUAUUAUUGAGGGCAUGAAGAAGGCCAAAAUGUUAAAAGCUUACAGUAAGAGAAUGAUGAACCUGUGUUUAAAAUUUAUGGCUACUAAACAAAAGAUUCUUAUUGAACUAUCAGAGGACAUAGCUGAAAAAACAGAACUUAAUAUCAAGGAAGAUAAAAAUACCAUGAUUGAAGCAAUGAGAAAGUUCCAUGAGAUAUUGAAAGAUGAAGAUAAUCCAUGGAUGACAUCCUGGCCAAUACAGAGAGCUGCUAAUGAUUUUAUUCACACAGCUACUGAACCAAUCAAAGAUGGAAAAAUUUUAACAGAUGAAGACAUUCAACUAUUUGUGUCUAUAUGUCUAACCUGUCUCAAAUAUGACUGCAUAAACCCUGACACUGGUCAGUUCCCUUCAAUCCACUACUCCAUUUUCUUGUCCAUCAUAAACCCACUCAACAGAUGGCUUCAAGCCUUAAAUAAAAUGAAUCUUGCUGCUGAUUUGGUGCCAAAAAUAAUUGAACUCCUAGAUGUCGAUGAUAGUAAUUCUGUUAGUAUUUCUGCCUCACACUUGAACUAUUUUGGGAUGGUUCCAUCAGGUCACAAAGCUGUCGCCCCUUACCUAGAUAAAUUAAUUGAGGCAUAUCUUGAGAAGGAAAAUACACAACUUUUACAGGCAGUAAAUGAAAUAUAUCCCACCAACCCUAAAGCACUGAGAAAUUAUUUCCCACAAAUAAUGGAACACUAUGAGGAAAGUGGAGAUCCAACGGUGCAGAUGUAUAUUCCAAUGCUUUUACAGAAAGUGUCUAAGAAACAAGCAGAGCUUUUCACAGACCAUCACAUUGAAGUUCUAAUAGAAAAAGCACAGGAAAAUAUCAACUCACAAGUACAAAUUCUAAUGAUUAUUCAAGAAUUGUGCAAAAGGCGCCCAGAGAGCCUGCUGAAACAAAUUGAUGUUUUUAUGGAUAAAACAUUGUGGAAUUCUAUGGUGAACUAUUUUAUAACAGAUAUACUGACAACCCUGGCUUUCUUCAACAAAGAUGUUGCAUCAAAAGUGCUGGAUGAUCUGUUUCUGACACUCAAAGGGACAACAGAAAAAACUGUUCAAUUGACAACAACCAAUGCCAUAAGAAUGAUUGGAUUUAAAUACCCAGAUUUGUUGAAACCUAAAAGAUCAGUGUUAGAAGCUAUUUCUUUUGUAGAUCCAGAUGUCUUGAAUUUGAAGAAAUUAGUUUUGGACAUGAUUGAUGGAAAAACCUCUGAUGAAAUAGUAAAACAAAUGAAGAAACAAGAAGAAGAAUUGAACAAUCUGAUUGGAAGAGUUGAUGACACAGAGGAAUCCCUGGCUGAAGUAAAAGGGGAAGUUGAGAAACAAGGGGCCCAGAUAAAUAAUGUGCAGAAUGAGGUCAAGGAGCAAGGUCAAAGGUUAGACAAAGUUGAGACUACUGUGGAGGAAACUGUUGCAAAAGUUGAAGAGAUUGACCAAAAGACACUUAGCCAUGCCCCUUACUGGUCGAGAGAUAUAUCAAAACUUUUGAACCCAACUUCAGAGCAUGAUUGGUGUCUGCUGAGCAAAAGAUUACAGUACAGCAAUGAUGACAUCAGAGGUUGGGCACAACAGGCAGAUCCUUGUAUGGCUAUGUUGAAUGAAUGGUAUGCAACUCAUAAAACAAGUGAAGCAACUCUUUCCAUACUGACACAGUUGCAAGAAAUGGACAGAAUGGAUGCUGCAAUUAUUGUGGAAAAUGCCAUGAAAAAUGCUGAGGCUGUUGUAGAAGACGAAGCCUUUGAAUAUGCCUCUCCUCCACCAAUAUUUAUAAGCUACCAGUGGGGCCAUCAGAAUGAAGUGAAACUUCUAAAGCAACAUUUGGAAAUGGCUGGAUAUGAGUGCUGGCUGGACGUUGGUCAAAUGGGGGGUGGGGACAAACUGUUUGAGAAAAUUGACACAGGGAUCAGAGCAGCUAAAGUGGUCAUUAGUUGUGUCACAACAAAGUAUGCCAAGUCUCCCAACUGCAACAGAGAGGUAAAUUUGUCAGUGAGUCUAAACAAACCUAUAAUACCUUUACUACUGGAACAAUGUCCCUGGCCACCCCCUGGCUCAAUGGGGCCAAUUUUCAGUGAGUAUCUGUUCAUCCGAUUCUUUCAACGUAAAGGGGAGGAACUGGAGGAUCAAAGGUUUUGGCCCAAAGACAAAUUUCAAGAGUUGCUCAUGCAGUUUAAUGUGCUGGGUCUACCUCCAGAUGAGGAGAAGGUGCAACCAGUGUACAGAAACUGGUGGAUGCCGGUUGUUGAAGAAAUUAAAAUUGACAAAAGUAAAACACAAAAUGGAGGCCAAGCAUCCGAAACAAUUCAAACAGAAUUAGAUAAAAAGGCAUCAGAUUCGCCAGAUGUUUUCAUCUCGUACCAAUGGGGCAAACAGAAAAACAUCAUCAAACUUUAUGAACGCCUGACCUCUCUUGGCUUCAGCUGUUGGCUGGACAUCAAACAAAUGGGGGGAGGCGACUCCCUCUUUGACAAAAUUGACAGAGGUAUUCGUGGCUGUAAGGUCGUCUUGUCAUGUGUGACACAAAAGUAUGCCCUCUCUGCCAACUGCAGACGUGAGGUCAGCUUGACCGAUGCACUGAAGAAACCGCUGGUACCUUUACUGAUGGAGCAGAUGACCUGGCCACCAGCUGGACCUAUGAGUAUGGUCAUGACACAGCUUUUGUACAUCAACUUUGCUAAGGAUGAAUCUGUCCAAAUGACUUGGGACGGUCCCAAAUUUGAUGAACUUCUAAGCAAGAUACAUGAACAUGUUCCAGUUAAAUAUAUAAACCAAAGCUCAGAUGCCACUAAUCAACACUCAACCCUAGAACCAAGCAAGCAAACAACAUCAACUAGACCUUUAUCUAAAGAAAAAACAAGCCCAACCGUAAACCCUUCUAAACCCCAAUCUUUGGACACAGCAACUAACAAACCACUAACCAAGCCUUCUUCUUUGAGCCCUAUAAAACCCUCCUCAAAACCAGUGCAGCCAGUAGGUAAUAAUACUUCAACACAAAAGAUUUCCUUGAGUAAAACACCCCCAUUAACAUCCCCACCCCAAACCACUCAAACCCAACCUUCAGUGAAACCCCCUCCACAAACCAGCCCAGUUAAAAAACUGCCACUUACAAAAGUACCUCCAGUAAGGAAGAUUUCUCCUGCUACCACUAAACCCCCUGCUCCUGCUGACAGUAGUUUACCCACACCCUCAUCUAAACCGUUGCUCAAACCUAUUUCAUCUGAACCUUUGAAAACCUCUCCAGCCAGCCAGAACAAAAACUCUACAACAAAACCAGAGCCUCCAAAACAAACAGGAAACAAACCAACGGUAAAACCAGCUCCUAAUUCUCAGACACGAAGGCCUUCAAAAUUACCCCCCUUAGAACAAUCAAGUGAGGCAACUCCAGCCCCUUCUCAAAAUGCAACACAAAAAUCAUCUGUCUCAAAGCCCCCACCAUCACAAUACAAAAAACUAUCGAAAUAGUUGUUCUAAAAUUAGGCUUAUUUAUUUUAAAUUUUGUGUUAGUCAUGAGACAAAUAAUUGUGAAAUACUUUAUGUCAAUUUUAUUUUAGAUACUUUCUUUUCUG